AUGGACAAAAGUGGCUUAUCAUUUUUGGAUGAAACCUUUAUAAAGUGCUGUGAAAUGAAUGAAUCUACUAAAACCACAAUCGAAAAACCAAGAGUGGUGAAAAAGGGGUCAGGUGAGAGUGAAAUUGGACUACUGAAACAGGAAAAUACGGCAGUGAAGUAUGAGAAUCAAAUGUUACGAGCGGAAAUUGAGCAUCUAAAGUCUAUGCUAGAAGAGUAUAAGGAGAGUAGAGAACGACUCAUUAGUGAAAUAAAUGAUAAAAACCUGAUUUUGAAGCAAAAUAAUCAACUUUUAUUUGAAAAGAUUAAAAGGUUAGAAAAUGAUGAUCCUAAAAAAGUGGAGUCCAAACAUGAAAAAAAUUGUCAAAUCAUAAACAAUAAAAACAUUGAAAGCAAUGACAAUUUAACAGUCACAGAAAUACCCAUGUCUCGUAUAACCUCGAACUGGAAACCACAGAACACAUUUACAUCAAACAAUAAACAAAACCCCAAAAUGCAUGAGAGAGAUCUCAGCAAAAAUCAAAAAUUAACGACAACUUCUACGGGAAAAGGGCAUGAUGUGGAAUGUAAAGGAGGAGACGGUCAGCAAAUGGGAGAAUGGAAUCUAGUAGGACAUAAAAGGAAAACUUCAAAACGGUCAAGACCAGCUCCAAUUAAAGGAGAAUUAGAAAAAUUCAACUUGACAGUAGCCGAGAACCAAUGUUGUCUGUUCGUGUCGGGUCUGAAUCCAGAUGUAGUUGCUCAAGAAGUGAAGGAAUACAUAGAUGAGACCUUCAACAUAAAAUGCAAAUGUGAAAAAAUGAAGACUAAAAAAGAUAAAUUCAAAAGCUCUUUUAAAAUAUAUGUCCCAGUUGAUUCAAAGGACAAAGUUAUGAAUGGAAGUAUGUGGGGAAAGGGGAUUAUUGUUAACCAUUUUUUACACCUCAGAAGAAACAUCGACAGAGAAUUGAAUUAA